AUGCUUUCGUUCUUCUAUUUUUCGUUUUCUUCUUCUCUUUCCUUCUAUUAUUUUUUAACUAUUUUAUUUUUAUUUUCCUUUUUUAUUUCUCUUUCUUACUUUUGUUUCUUUUUCUUUUCUUUUAUUUCUUUCCUUUGGAUUAUUUGUUUCCCCUUCUCUUUCUUUCGUUUGUUUCUUUUUUGUUUCAAUUUAAUUCUUUCUUUUUUCUUUUGUUUGAUUUUUAGUUCUUAUUUUCUUUCGUUUAUUUUUGUUUUGUUUUUUUUUUCGCAUCAUCUUUAUCUCUUUCCUUUCUUACUUUUGUUUCUUUUUCUUUUCUUUUCUUUUCUUUUCUUUUCUUUUCUUUUCUUUCUUUCCUUCGGAUUAUUUGUUUCCCCUUCUCUUUCUUUCGUUUGUUUCUUUGUUUUCUUAUUUUCUUUCGCUUUUUUUUUUCACAUAAUUUUUGUCUCUUUCAUUUUCUUUCUUGGACUUGUUUUUAUCUGUUUUUCACUUUCUUUCUUUUUUUUUAAGUAUUUUGAUUUAUUCUUUCUUUCUUUCUUUCUUUCAUCUUCGUACAUUCAUUUCUAA